AAGUCUAGCAACCAUUAAAAAAAAUGGGGGAAAAAGAUUCAAGUUCAAAAACUUGGGUUCAGUGGAUCUUCAAAGACCCUAAAUUAUAAAUCUAUCUUUUUUCAGUAUUAUUAAAGUAAGGAAAGAAACUACAGUAUUGCAAUUGUUUUCCAAAAAAAAUGGUGACCAAAACAACAGCAGCAGCAGCAGCAAGCUAUGAAGAAAAAAGGAAGCAAAGAUUAGAGGAAAACAAGAAAAGAAUGAUGCAACUCAACAUCCCUCAGCUUUCUCAGUCUCUGAAGCCUUCCCCUGCUACUAGGCUCAAGAGGGUCAACCCCAAACCCCUCAAUGCCCCACUUCGUCGAUCCACUCGAAUGGCCGACAAACCCUCUCCUGACUACCACGACUUUAUACUUGUGGGUGGUAGAAAGUUGCCCCUGAGACGAAACCUUUAUUCUCAAGACAAUGCCUCUAAUCAGAAGAGAUUUGAUGCUGUUCAGAGAGCUGAAGAGCUGGAGUUAAGAUUAGGGUCUCAACAUCCAACUUUUGUUAAAGCAUUACUUCAGGCUCAUGUUCUUGGAAAUUUGAAUUUACCAACUACAUUUUGCAAGACCCAUCUUCUCAAUUAUGAUGGAAUGUUAACUCUAGUUGAUGAAGGUGGAAAGAAAUGUCAGACCAAGUUCCAUCUUCGAUAUGGUAGAUUUGGCUCUGGAUGGAGAAGAUUUGCCAUUAACCACGGCUUGGUUGAUGGGGAUGUCCUUGUUUUCCAGCUCAUCGAACCAACUACCUUAAAGGUGUACAUUAUUCGGGUAAAUACUUCUAACCAAGACAAAGAGAAAUGCAGCACAACAAACUAGAGGUGAUGCUUGAAGAAAUUGGAUUUUUUUUUUUUUCCAUGUUACAGCAGCCAGAUCUCCUGUGAAGCAGUAUGAACAAGUGUUUUUGAUGAGAUUUCUUUUAUCUUACCCUGAGAUUUGAUUUCAUUUUAUUAUAUACUGUAAGGAAAUUUAUACAAAAUUUUAAUUGAUCAUUAUUAGAAGGGUAACCAUUUACCUUAUUUUCUAACUUUU